AUGAGCUAUAGUGAUAUUAGAGUACGGUAGGUUUGGGGAACUUUUUUUGGAAUCUGUGGAUCAAAAUUAUUCAGUCAAUUCCAAAAAAUGCCAGCCGUCGUCGCAAAACGAAAUGCUCGCGAGAGGACUCGAGUUCAUACGGUGAAUCAGGCAUUUUUGGACCUCAAAAAUCAUCUGCCAAGUUUGCGUCAAUUCACCAAACGCGUCAGUAAACUGCGCAUUUUGAAUGCGGCAAUUAAUUAUAUCGAAGCAUUGGUUAAGGUGAUUAAUGUGAGUUUCAAAUAGGGUCUCAUGGCCGAGUGGUUAGCACACGCGUUUUUUGAAUUUUCGGUCAUGGGUUCGAUCCCGCUCGGCGCCGAAUUUUUUUGUCUUUCAGAGCAUCGAACCAAUGAACAUCAACAACUUCAACAACACCUUCGUCCCGCCCAAAAAACCAACACCAAUCCGCCAUCCAACCAACCUAAUUUCGGACACAAAUCUUGUCUCCCAACCAGCCGCAAUUUUCGCCACACCAUCCCACCCUUUACCCUACAUGAAAUCAUUGCUAGAUUAUCCGACCUAUAUUUAUCAACCACCCCAAUCUGCAAUGGUUUUGGGGGGAAAUAACAAUGGGGCGAUGCCAACUUAUCAAUGUAUGUGA